CGCCCCUCGCCUUUUAUGGCCACGACGGCGGGGCGGGGCGGCUCGACCCCCGGCUGGCAGGAGAAGGCGCCGAGCGACGCCCGGAGGAAAAGGAGCGCCUGCGCUCGCUGCCGACCCGCUGUCUCCGCGGCUGCUGCUCCGGUUCCAGGUGAGGCCGAGGGCGGUGGCCAGGUGGGGAUGAUCUCGGACAAGGUGGAGAAGCGUGUGGCCUCCUCCGUCUUCAUCACCCUCGCACCUCCCAGGAGGGGCUGUGGCCCUGCGAAGGCCCCGCCAUUCCUUCCCGCGGAGAGGCAGGUUCCUGACAAAGAGGGCGGGGGGACUGGCAGCGCUCCUGGUGAAGGCGCCUCUGCCCUGCCGCCUCCGCCCCCCGUUGCCCCUCCUCGGUCCGUGGAGGCUGCGCUGGGCACUCUGCCACCUGCUGCCCUGCCGGUGGAGACCCUGGGCCCUGAUCUGCAGAAGGAAGCAGCCGCUUUGCCCUCCUCUCUGCAGACUCCUCCUGCCUUCCUCAAAGAAGUAAGACAGCCCCAGCCAGCCUCGCCUCCUGGCUGGACAGAUAGGCAGGCCAAGAAGCCAGUGGGGAGUGCUGUGGCACCAGGUGAGGACGUGCUCCCCAUCCACACCCAGAGGCCACUUGCUUGGCAUCCCAGGGAGGGGGCUUAUAUCUGCGCUUUUUGUCACAAAGGCAUUUCUCCCAGCACGCUCUCUCUUGAGGCGAUGAACAAGCAGUACCACAUCGGAUGCUUCACUUGCCGGGCUUGUCACAGCGCCCUGGAGGGGCAGCGAUACUACCAGAAGGAGGGCCGGCCACUGUGCGUUGCCUGCUAUCAGAAGACGCUGGAGAAAUGCAACGCCUGCCAGACCUUCAUCAUCAAUGAGAUUGUAUGGGCCCUGGGGAGGGGGUACCACCCAGAAUGCUUCACCUGUGUGGCCUGCAGCCGAGAGAUUGGCAGUGACGCCUUUGCCGUGGAUGAUGACGACAAGGUGCAUUGCCUCCCAGACUUUUACAGGAAGUUUGCUUCCAUGUGCGGAGCCUGCGGGAAGCUCAUUAUCCCGCACAAUGGGAAGGACGCCUACAAGGUCGAGUGCCUGGGCAGGAGCUUCCAUGAGGACUGCUAUCGGUGCGAGAAGUGUCAGGUCUUGCUGUCCCUGGAACCCACAGAGGACGGGUGUCACCCUCUCGGCGGCCGCCUCCUUUGCCAAGCCUGCCACGUCCGCCAGACCAAGGGUCAUCCUGCUGAGUAGACGGAUGCUGGGCGCCGACCUCUUUCGGAAGCAGGACUGGAGAGCUGGUCCAGUGCUCCAACUCCUCUGCCUCGA